CGUGUGUUCAGGCCACCACUCCUUAGUGCCACGUUGAAUGUUAUUGCAGACAUACAUUCAAGUCUUCUCAUUUUAUACCCCUUCGUAUUUACUAACGGCAUCCGGAGGAGUCAUGAAGUCGUCUCUGAUAGUUUUCGUCGCCUUGUUUUGUUUUUCUCAGGCCCUUGAAGGUGUUAAGGAAGAAGAAGGGGUCCUAGUAUUAACGAAAGAUAACUUUGAACAACUAACCCAAAAAAUUAAGUAUUUGAUGGUCGAAUUUUAUGCUCCAUGGUGUGGGCAUUGCAAAGCCCUUGCUCCUGAAUAUGUAAAGGCAGCUGGAGAGUUUAAAGAUGAUGAAAACUGUUAUUUAGGGAAAGUUGAUGCUACCAUUGAAGUGGAUUUGGCUGAGAAAUAUGAAGUUCGAGGCUACCCAACUAUCAAAUUCUUCAAGGAAGGAAAAAUAUAUGACUAUUCCGAGGGACGUACUGCUGGUGAUAUGGUAGCUUGGAUUAAAAAAAAGACUGGUCCUCCUGCUGUUACACUAAAUUCUGUUAGUGAGGCCAAAGCUCUUGUUAAUAAAGAAGCUGUUGUUGUUGUAGGAUUUUUCCAGGAUGUUGAGUCAGCUGAUGCUAAAGCUUUUACUGAAGCAGCUGCAAGCAUUGAUGAUGUUUCCUUUGCUAUCACUAGCAAUGCUGACAUCUUCAAAGAACACGGACUUGAAAAAGAUGCUAUUAUCCUUUUUAAAAAGUUUGAUGAUGGAGAAGUUCGAUUUGAUGGGAAACUUACAGCUAAAGAUAUUGAAACAUUUGUAGUUGCUAAUAAGCUACCUCUUGUUAUUGAGUUCAACCAAGAAUCCGCCCAGAAAAUAUUCAGUGGAGACAUCAAAAACCACCUUCUAUUGUUUUUGAAAAAAUCUACAAAACCAGAAACUCUUCUUGAUUCUUUUAAAACUGUUGCUAAAGAAUUCAAAGGCAAGGUUCUAUUUAUCAAUAUUGAUAUUGAAGAUGAAGACAACAUGAGGAUUUUGGAGUUCUUUGGUCUAAAGGAAGAAGAGUGUCCAUCCAUCAGACUCAUUCGUUUAGAUGAUGAAAUGUCCAAAUAUAAACCACAAACCACAGACCUUACCACUGAAUCAAUGACAAAGUUUGUUCAAGACUUUUUGGAUGGUAAAAUUAAACAACAUAUGAUGAGUGCUGAUCUCCCAGAAGAAUGGGAUGCUAAACCAGUAAAAAUUUUAGUGGGUACUAAUUUCAAUGCUGUUGCCAAAGAUAAGACUAAGAAUGUGUUUGUUGAAUUCUAUGCUCCUUGGUGUGGCCACUGUAAGCAGUUGGCUCCAAUCUGGGAUGAAUUGGGAGAGAAAUUCAAGGAUCGUGAAGAUAUUGUCGUUGCCAAAAUGGAUGCUACUGCCAAUGAUUUAGAAGACAUCAAAAUUAACAGCUUCCCAACACUGAAAUAUUUUCCUAAAAAUAGUGAUGAGGUAAUAGAUUAUAAUGGUGCCAGAACAUUGGAGAGUUUUAUUAAAUUCUUAGAAAGUGGUGGAAAAGAGGGAGCUGAAUUGGAGAGUGAAACAGCAGAAGAAGAAGAGGAGGAGGAGGAAGAUGAACACAAACAUUCAGAAUUAUAAAAUUAUUAUUAUAUCACAUUUUUGUGAUCAUUUCUUAUUUCAUCUUUUCCUGUGCAACAAUGGUUUCUCUUGGCCAAUUGGCUUGGCUACCAUGUUGCUGCAGCAGCGAUGGCCAUUCAUCGGACAUUUUAGGCUACUACUGUCCAUCACUAUUUGCAUUUCACACACACUUUCUCUCUCUCUCAAACUCAUCUAUUUCCAAAUCUUUCAGCCCAGAGAUAUGAACCCUUUCUCAAAAAUCCUAUUCUUAAAUGCUGCAAUAACAGCAUUUGGAAUCUAAUUUUAUUUUGUGCACUCAUGUUUAACAUGAGUAAAAGGACAACUUGACUCUUAACUAAACAAAUUUAAACAAGCUUUUUUGUAACAAACAUUUAAAAAAAUAGAAAAAAAGGGGGAAAGAUAAUAAAUACUAAUAAUUCUUUCAUGUGUGGUGACUCUUAAAAUUUAUUUUUGUUUCUAAAGAACUGUUUUCUUUUUUAUUUUUACUUUUUCUCAUUUUUUUAAAGUCUUCCAGUGUAUAUUGAGAUAGUGAUGGACUGGCCAGUGCUGCUGCAGAGUGCUCUGAUUUAAACUGAGACUGUCUUACUGGAAACAUUAGAUAUUCUGAAUUAACUCUUUAUUUUUGCUCAUUUUCACUCCUUCCUCUCUAAUAAUAAUAGGCUUCUAAAUGUUCAGAUACAUAUUUUUCUUUUUUAAUACUAUAAACAUUUGUCAUUUAAUUCUAGUAGCUAUUAAUAUCAAAUUAACCACUUCAAAUUAAUUAAUGGAAAUAUUCUUGGCAUCUCUGUAAGUUGUUCUAAUUAGUUUUGUAUAGAUAUCUCUUAGGAAGUAUUUGUGGGUGAGGGGUUCAUCUUUAUUUCUGAAUUUUAUCUUAAGGAAAUUUAUCUUUUGUUUUAGUACAGGUUAGUAUAAGUAAAAUUUUACAUCAUUACAUGUUAUGUUGGUUAAUUUGUAAAUAAGGUCAUUUUGUUUUGCUUUGUAUGCUUUAUGCCAACUUUGGGGACAUGUACUACUGCUUAAAAUUUAGAAUAAUCCCCUAUUCUUUUUAUUUACUUAAAAUCAAAAUAGUAUCGUCUUGACAAAAUCCUCAUAAAAAAAAUUAUGAUAAAUAUCAUCAGUUAUUAAAAUUCAUUGAUCAAUUACCUAAAAAAGGGUGGUGGGAUCUAAUUUCAUCAUGCCUUCAUAUUUUGUAAAAAUUAUAUAAAAAAAAAACCCACACAUAGGGUAACAUUUGUUUGCAACAUUCUCUAUUAUGAAGUAAAUUUUCAAGAUCUAAACAUUUUGUUUGGCAUAAUCAAGUGGUAUGGGAGGAAAUAAUUCACACAUAUCUAUGAAUGGAAUUUCAUUUAAAAAUUAACCUACAAUAUUAAUACAAAUUUCCCUUCAUGUAGGGGGACUAUAGAAGAACAGGAUUUAUCACAACCAUGAUCUCAAAAUUCCACUUGGGUUAUUUUUCUAUCAUCAUGCAGUCAUAUGUGGCUAAAUUUGAAAUAUUAACUUCACUGAAGCUAAAAAGCUUUAUCACUUUUCUAAGUGGGAAGGUUUAAAAAGAAACUGUGAUUGACUUAAUCAUUCUUGAUUCAAGUUGAUGCACAAGGUACUGGAACUAGUCUAUAAGAACUUACUGUAGUAAUAUUUUCUACCUGAAUACUGCAAUAAGACAGCUGCAGUUGCCUUAUCUCAAUUGUUUCAGGCAUUGUUAUUUGGUUAGAUGUAAACUGUGCUCCUGUCAGUUAGGUAUUGGAGAUAAAACUAUUUGAAUAUAAGUGUUUUCAUAGUGUAAAAUGAAAUCACUUAAAAAUUAGCUUUACAUUUGAGGUGCACACAUUAUUUGUACUUGGAUACAUAAAGUAACAGUUGUAGAAUAUUUCCAUAUAUUUUACAUAAUGUAAACAUUAUCUGGUAUAUGCUGGGUAGAGUGGAUAGAUAUAUAUUUAUCAAAGUUGACAGUCUAUUCUGAGUCUCACUGUUAGCUGGGCUGUUCACUUUAUACUCAGUCUGGUUGCAAUAUAAUAAAACAGUUUUAGUUUAGAGCAAAAUUCACUAAGAAUUCACUUACAAACAUUUUAAAAAAAUAUUUUAUAAUCAUGUAAUUUUCUUUGUAAUUUAUUUUUAACAUUUUAAUUUUAAGGAAGUUGUUACUUUUAGUUCAGUUGAAGUUCAUGACGUCUGGACUAUUUCAAUUUAGAAAUUCUUGGUUUAUCCAUAUUUUAAAAUAUGGAAACAAUUUUCCCUUGUUAAAUUUCCAAUUUUGCAUUAAGUUUGGACCAUGGUGUAAUAAUGUUUCUUUUAAAAAGAUAAUGAAGAUUAAGAAAUUGAAUUUUGAGGAUCAAGUUUUUGCUUAGUAACAUUUUUGAGAAGAAUUUAUGAAAUUACCUCAAUUUUUUUUUUUUUGUAAGAUAUGUUUUUUCUAUUUUCUUCCACAUUGUUACUUUAAACUGUCUUCUUUUCAUGCUUAUGGAACAGACUAUAAGCAUGUCUUGGUCUUAUCUAGACAAUAUUUGUCUAUUACUAGUUCAGAAUAGAUAAAUCAAAUUACAAGACAAGUAAAUUUCUUGUUUUCCAUUUUUCAGUUCUGAAGUUUAUUUCUGUCACAAUCCUCCUUCAAUUUGUUUCUCCCUAGUAGUGUGUAGUCUUAAGCUCCUUUACAAAUUUCACAGACCUGAUCAUAUUGUGUGCAUGUGAGUUUGCUCAUGUGUGGACUAGCUGGUUCUUGGAAAAAAGGGCCACAGUUGAACGAUCACCUCUGCCUUAAUUUAUCAAGUGUAUUUCUAGGUGUGACUUAUCAAUGGUUGGAAAUUCAUAAAAAUUCUGUGAUAGUUCUCCUUAGUGAUAUUGUUUUUUUUCUAUUUGAUUUUAAAUUUACUUCUGCUUCAGAACUGAAUAUUCCAGUCAUAGAAAAUCAUUGAACAAUGCUUUUUUUUUCUUGUUCUCCUUUUCUUCCUUUCACUAAACAUUCUGCUUCUAAAUACCAUUUUGACUGCAUUAGUCAAAUUCUUUCAACUGAGGAAUUUACUAAACACAAGAUCGAUUCUAUAGUGUUACCAGAUAUUUUUGGCUGAAAAUAAAUGGGGAGGGAGAUUUUUAUAGCAAAAUUCUAUUUAUGGCAAGUAAGAAAAGUAGUGUUUUCAUAAUUUAUAAAUUAUUUUUUCAUUUAAUAGAAAAAAAGGGUGGGGGUCAGAGGUAAAAAUCACUGAUGCACAAAUUGAAUAUACUGUAAAACUACUUUAUUGAUGGGGGUUUCUCAAGAUGCUUAUUGAAAUUAAAAAUAUCAUUUAUUUAAGUUUUCAUGGUAACCAUAUUUCAUAAGUGGAUUACAAACUAUCAAGAUGCUUGAAUUCAAAUCUAUAUUUAAAGGAAUGACUUGGGGCAAUUUGUUUUGCCAUGGUAAAUUCUAGAUGGUGAAAGAAACCUAAAUGUUAUGACAUAUUCAAAAUCCUAAAUUUUCAAUCAUCCAAGAUUAAAUUUUGAUUUUUUAGAGAGAAAAAAAAAUAAAACUGGCUACUGUGAAAUAAUAUAUUUUCUUUGUUAAUAUUUCAUACUGCCUCUUGACCAUUUACAAACUAAUCUUAAUAAACAGACUAAGAUAUGAACAAAUAUCCUCUGACAUCAAGUACAAUUCUUAAAUUAAAAAAAAAAAACCUAUAAAAUUCAAUCUCUCUACAUUCCAGCAUUAUUUGCUGAAGUGGUAACAAAUAAAAUAAAUCUCUUACCUACAUCUUAACAGUACCAAAAAGAAAAGUUUGCUAAAAGAAAUUUCAUGAACUGUAGCAUGCAUGUUAAUGCAGUGAUCAUCUGACUUUAACAAAUAAAGAGUAUAAAUAAUUUUA